CAGCAAAUAUAAGCUGGUGAGUAGAGUCAGCUUCGCUCACUUUCGAGAGGGGAGCUGACAUUCCGCUGCCUCCGGGUGAAUGCAAGCAAUGGACAUUGAGAAGGUCAACUCCAUGGACUUUGGAGAAUUUGUGGAUGUGUUUGGGAACGUCAUUGAGAGAUGUCCUCUGAUCGCGGCUGCUGUUUGGUCCCAGCGUCCAUUCUCCAACUUGGAAGAUUUAGAGAAGCAUUUUUUUGACUUCAUUGAUGCCCUUCCCCAGUCAGGCCGAGAGGGCAUCCUGCGCUGCCACCCGGACCUGGCGGGCCGCGAGCUGCAGCAGGGCACGCUCAGCGCCGAGUCUCGGCGGGAGCAGAGCGGCGCGGGCCUGACGAGCCUGGACGCGGACGAGCGGCUCCGGCUGGCGGAGCUCAACGCGCAGUACCGCGCGCGCUUCGGCUUCCCCUUCGUGCUCGCCGCGCGUCGGAGCCACCGGGCGGCCGUGCCCCGCGAGCUGGCGCGCCGGCUGCGCUGUCCGCCCGCGCAGGAGCUGCGCACCGCCCUGGCCGAGGUGAAGAAGAUCGGCCACCUGCGACUCGCCGACCUCCUGGGCGCCCACCCGGCCCGACUGUAGCGGCCGCGGGCCCGGCCCCCGCGCCGGUCGCACGCGCUGGGAGCGAGGGGCGCAGGCCCGGAACGGCGUCCCCACGCGCACAAAGGGAGGGGAGGACUGGGGCCAUCGUGCCCUUUUGUCCAUCCACCCACAUGCACACGCUUUGCCAAAUACACAGGUUCGUGUCUGCCCCCGGUUUAUCCAGCUUCAAUUCUUCACUCCUUUUGCGGCCCGUUGACGCCACCAGCCGUUGUGGAUUCCAAAGCCCGCAUCCAGCUCGCCUCUCUGGCUCCGCAUCCUCUCCUGCUAAGCCCGGCUGCAAAGCAAAAAAAAAAAAAAAAAAAAAAAAAAAGGCCAGAAAAGGAAUCCUUUUUUUUUUUUUCUUUUCAGAAAAGGAAUCUUUUUAUGCCACUGCGGUUUGUCUGUUUUUUCUUCUCCCACCUCAUUUGCUGUGCCCGACCUUUACAUGUGAGAAGACGUAGUUUUCUCAUUCUGGGGCGCCUACGGGAGCCGGAGCCCGAGCGAGAAAAGCAAAGUACUGGUUUGGAUCCUCCCCAGGCGGGGAAGCCGCGGGUGGGGGUCGCUGGGCGGGAGGGAGCCUCGAGGUGGGCCAACAUUGGGGAGGCGUCGUGGGGGCAGGCGGAGUAGCUGCCUUAGUCGCUCUUGAGAGAGGGUAGGGAGUGGGGGUGUCUCCAAGGUGGACGAGCCUGAAAGUCGGGAGCCGGCGGCCUCUGGGACCCUCCAACAGGUCGCCCCUCACCUUGGGACUCUCCCAGAGAUCGGGCCUUUAGAGUUGGAUUGUCAGAACUCCAGGCUGUCGUCCCCCCCCCCCGGGGGGGCAUUAGAUCAUUAAAAAGUUAAAAAUGAAAUAAAUAAUAAUUUAAUAAUA